AGAGAAAUUGAAAUGAUGACAGAUAAAAAUUGUUGAUGUGUUGUUUUAAAUGUGGGUUAUGGUUAACAGAGGGAGAGAGAGACCUUGCCUGCUUGCCAGGAAGCCAUUAGCCAACAGUGACAUGGAGGAAACACCAUUGGACCCCAAUCUUCUUGUGAGCUAUAAUUUUACCGGCAUCCAAAACGAGACAGAUUUGCACACCUUUCCUAAUGGAAGUAAAAUAUUGUUUGGAGCAAUGAUCCAUGUCAUUUUCAUCCUCAGUAUCAUAGGAAAUACGCUCCUCUUCCAUGCUCUUUACUGCAACAUGAACGUGAAGAAUGUCACCGACAUGUAUUUCCUCCACCUUGCCUGCUCGGAUGUAACCUUAACGUUCGCCCUGCCGUUCGUGGCCACUGGGCUGAUCCACAGUUGGUGCUUAUGUGAAUUAAUCUGUAAGCUUGUUGUAAGUUUAUAUUACUGUGGGAUGACCUCAAGUAUCAUACUACCGACCGCCAUAUCAGUGGAUCAGUUCAGCACUGUUGUCAUCCAGAAUGGGUGCAUCGUCCCAGUGAAGAGACGAAGGUGUGCCAUCGGAGCCUGUACCAUGGCCUGGAUGGCCAGCCUGGCUGUGGUUGUCCCUUGCGUCAUUUAUUCAGAGAUAGUGAGGCUAGAGGAUGGAGCUAUGUGCUUUUCUCACCAAAUUCACACCUUUUUUUCUCUGCUCUCAAUCUGCUUGUUUGCCGUCAUUGUGUUCUGCUAUUCGGCAAUUCUCUGGACCACGGUGAGGGCUUCAACCAGAAAGAAGCUCAGGACUGCAUCCCUCGCAUUAUGUAUAUCUGUAGCCUUCUUUGUUUGCUGGGCUCCUCAUACUAUAUUGAUGAAAACUAGUUCCAAGGAGUUGGAUUCGAAGCAAACAUUUGCAUAUCAUGUCACGUUUAUAGUGUCUCUCUCUCAUUGUUGUAUCAAUCCCAUGAUCUAUAUGAUGUCACCGAAGUACCGUAAACAUGAACAGAGUGUCUUUUGUUGUGAAAAGGUGCACACAAUGAGAUAGAGAUAGAGUUAAUUAUUGUAAUGUUUAAUGGGAAUGCAGAGUUUGAAUGCAUGGUAUAUUGUAUAUGGAGUGUUUGCCAUUCUUUUAUGGCCAAUGUGGUCAUCGUUGUGCAAAUAUUAUUAACCUGCAAAUGUAUACACACAAAGAUUGUUGCUUGAUGUUUUAAUAAAAUAAGAAAUCCUGUAUUCUCCAUUAAUUAAAAUCAUAAAAACAACAAUAUUUAAUUCUGAUGUGUUUUCUAUAUGAACGAUUAAUACAUUUAGUCAGAAUCGUUUAAACUUUGCUUUGUGUGGUUUUCACCUCACUCAGCAGUUGAAGGAGAAUAAGGCCCAAUGUUGUCUUCUACGAGGUUCCCAUCGGCCCAGUGAGGGGGCGAAGGUGUGCCAUUGGAGUUUGUACGGUGGACUGGAUGGUCAGCCUCUCUGAUGGUCUUUUAGACACCUUACAGCGAAACAACAACGCAACGAGACGUAUCAGGGCUGAGAAUCAUCAGGGCAACCGUAAUCUCAUUUUAAUCCUUAUUAUUAUGUAUCUUCAUAUUUCUACUGAUGUGUGCUGUUGCCAUACCUACAGGUCUAUUAUACCUUUAAGGCCUAAAAAAGGAAGAUUGUGAAAGCAGCCAACUCUUUAGACCUGCAUGGGGAGAGUUCACAAAUAGACGUACCUAUAUAUUAGUUGUCUAAAAUGUGUUGCGUUGUAUUUCUAAAUCUUGAAGUUGACCUAUAGCUUAAUACCAUUAAAAGGGAAAUUGUUUACUUCAUCUAAUGACGCUACACAGUGAUGUGGCUGUUUAUCAUCUUCGUUGAAUAUUACUUAUUGCAUAAUACCGGUUUUUUUUUAUUUCACCUUUCUGUUUCAGAGGAAUUGUGAUGAUGACAGAUAAAAAUUGUUGAUGUGUUGUUUUAAAUGUGGGUUAUGGUUAACAGAGGGAGAGAGAGACAUCUACUGCUUGCCAAGAAGCCAUUAGCCAACAAUGACAUGGAGGAAACAACAAUGGACCCCAAUCUUCUUGUGAGCUAUAAUUUUACCGGCAUCCAAAACAAGACAGAUUUGCACACCUUUCCUGAUGGAUGGAAAAUAUUGUUUGGAGCAAUGAUCUAUGUCAUUUUCAUCCUCAGUAUCAUAGGAAAUACGCUCCUCUUCCAUGCUCUUUACUGCAACAUGAACGUGAAGAAUGUCACCGACAUGUAUUACUUCCACCUUGCCUGCUCGGAUGUAACCUUAACGUUCGCCCUGCCGUUCGCGGCCACUGGGCUGAUCAACGGUUGGUCCUUUAGUGAAUUAAUCUGUAAGCUUGUUGUAAGUUUAUAUUACUGUGGGAUGACCUCAAGUAUCAUACUAUUGACCGCCAUAUCAGUGGAUCAGUUCAGCACUGUUGUCAUCCAGAAUGGGUGCAUCGUCCCAGUGAAGAGACGAAGGUGUGCCAUCGGAGCCUGUACCAUGGCCUGGAUGGCCAGCCUGGCUGUGGGUGUCCCUUGCGUCAUUUAUUCAAAGAUAGUGAGUGAACAGGAUAAACCUGCGUGUUGUUCUCACAAAAUUCCCUCCUUUUUUGCUCUGCUCUCAAUCUGCUUGUUUGCCGCCAUUGUGUUCUGCUAUUCGGCAAUUCUCUGGACCACGGUGAGGGCUUCAACCAGAAAGAAGCUCAGGACUGCAUCCCUCGCAUUAUGUAUAUCUGUAGCCUUCUUUGUGUGCUGCGCACCUUAUACUAUAUUGAUGAAAACUAGUUCCGACAAGUUUAAAUUGAAGCAAACAUUUGCAUAUCAUGUCGCGCUUCUACUGGCCCUUUUUCAUUGUUGCAUCAAUCCCAUGAUCUAUAUGAUGUCACCGAAGUACCGUAAACAUGUACGGAGUGUCUUUUGUUGUGAAAAGGUGCACACAAAGAGAUAGAGAUUGAGUUAAUUAUCGUAAUGUUUAAUGGGAAUGCAGAGUGUGAAAGCCUGGUAUAUUGUACAUGGAGUGUGCACGCCAUUCUUUUAUGGCCAAUGUGGUCAUCGUUGUGUAAAUAUUCUUAUCCCGCAAAUGUAUACAUACAAAGAUUGUUGAUUGAUGUUUUAAUAAUAUAAGAAAUCCUAUAUUCUCCAUUCAUUAAAAUCAUAAAAACAACUAUA